CUUCCAGGUCAUACAAUUUUGAUGCGAAAUGGAACCUGAAAACCUGCUAAAAUGUGGAUACCAGUGUAUAAAGCUCAGUGUGUGUGGCCUGGUAUAUACAGACGAUAUCAGAUACCGAAGUGCAAUGAUCCUUUCGGACUUGGAAUACAUCAUUUAUGGAAACAGUGCUCACAAGACAUUUACAGUGGGGUGUGCAGUUGAGAACAGUUCUCCAUCUACCCCUCAGUGCUCACCAGAAUUAUCCAAAGUGGAGCACUGUGCCAAUUCUAAGAAGCAGGCCAAAGAUGUCCUGGUAAGCAGCACAUUGUCAAUGCUGCGAGACAAACAAACAGCAAUGAAUGGGAGCAAUGAGGAUGACAAGUUGGGCGAAUAUGUUGCAGCUGAGCUGAUAACAACUAAAAAUAGAAAAUUAAAUGCAGAGGCAAAGUGAAUGUUAUCAUGAAUGCCAUCAUGGGUGCAAUUCAGAAAGUUACUGAUUGUUAAUUUUUAAAUAAAAGAUUGAAAAUUAAAAA